CGGAAAUGACGUCGCCUCGACAUUUUUAUCAACAAACAAAAUGAAAGUUUAAUGCACAAAGUGUUUAACACGGGAGUUUAUCUGGAAGAAGUUACCAUGAGACUUGGUCCCCCCUGAUUGGUUGUUUUAACCAGACCCAUCUUACAGAGAUGCAGAGGUGGACAAUACACCUGGAGGGUGGGCCCAGACGUGUCAAUCAUGCUGCAGUUGCUAUUGGUGACCGUAUAUACUCAUUCGGGGGCUACUGUACAGGGGAGGAUUUUGACACUACCCGGCCAAUGGAUGUCCAUGUCCUUGACACAGUAUCGUUGCGCUGGUCCAAAGUUAUGCCUCCUCCAAACCCAGAUUACUUAAAGUUCGUCCCAUACCAGAGAUAUGGUCAUACAGCAGUGGCAGUGGGGGAGUGUGCGUACAUCUGGGGAGGUCGCAAUGACAACAAGGGUGCAUGCAAAAUACUCUUCUCCUUCAACACAGUGACCAAUAGCUGGUCUCGCCCUGCUGUGACAGGCGACAUCCCUGGGGCCAGGGAUGGUCACUCAGCCUGUGUUAUCAAUGGGAAGAUGUUUAUAUUUGGAGGAUAUGAGGAGGAGAUUGACAGGUUCACAAAUGAUGUGCACAUGUUGGAUUUCUCCACAAUGAAUUGGGUGUACAUAAACCGGAAGAUGCUGAAGGGUGAGCCACCAAGAAGCCGGGACUUCCACACAGCUACCCCCAUUGGUGACAUCAUGUACAUAUUUGGCGGGAGAAGCGAUGAGGGAGGGCCUAUUUUUACCAAUAAUGAGAUGUAUUUAAAUUUAUUGCAUGCAUUUGACACAUCAACAUUCACCUGGACAAAGCCUUCUAACAGCACAAUCAGCCCUGUUGGACGGAGGAGCCAUUCAUCUUUUGUACAUAAUGGUCAGAUGUAUAUAUUCGGGGGUUACAAUGGUCUCCGUAACACACAUUAUAAAGAUAUCCACAGAUAUGACCCAGUUGAGAAAGUGUGGUCGGUUGUCAAGGUGAAGGGCUCUGGUCCGUGUGCUCGCAGGAGGCAGUGCUGUUGCGUUAUCAAGUCCCGAGUGUUCCUGUUUGGAGGAACAAGUCCUGUUGCCUGCCUUCAGCACCAGCCAGUAAUAGCAGGCACCCUUCCAGAAGAUCAAGUCCUCAUGGAUCACUCAGAUCUCCAUGUCCUAGACUUCACUUCUACCCUAAAAACACUGUGUAUGUUAGCUGUAAUGGAACACAAACUUGAUACAACAGGCUUACCAAAGGAUAUCAGGUGGGAGCUAGCUGCCAUGACAACAAACAACUGUAUUACUCGUCCAGUGAAUGUAUACGGCUGAGACAACGGUAAAUUCAGUUACAGCUUGUGUCAUGUCAACAGAUGUCAGCUCACAACAGCGCACAAACACCUGUCAUUUGUCACAGCACUCAAUUUCCAAUACUGUUGUUUCAUUGACAGCUGAAGUGGACAAGUGAUGUUGUUGAAUGAAAGCAUGGAAAGGGUUGACUGACUAUUAAGCAAUUUACCAGUUAUUCACAAUAUAUAAAUAAAGUUACAGUGUUUUAUGGUGUGCCACAUUAUAAAACAGUUAUUGUAUGUGAUCAAACUUGAUUAAACUUUUCAGGGUGAAGGUUGUGCCCGAGUUAAGGUGCUUGUCUUUCAUUCACCAGGACACAAGAGUUAUCAAGGUGCUUGUCUUUUCAUGCAGUGUUAGGUCAAAUGCUCCAGGUUCCCUAACCCUCAUUGUUCCCAUGGGCUUUGUGACAAUAAGCCAUGGACGUCACGCAUUAAGUUGUUUAGUGGCCCAUCAUCAGAUUGCUUGAAAAUCACAUGCCUCCCACUGAUUUGGCAAACAUGUAGAGCUGGCUUUGUCGGUAUACCUCCUGUUUCUUUGAGCCACUGACAGCUGUCCUGUAAAUGAAAUUCUUUGAUAAAGGAAUUCAGCAAAUAAAUAAAUAAAUAACUGUGUUAUUUAUUAAUUUCUUCAGUGUAGCCAGUGCUAUACUAUGGUUGGUGUCAGCUAGAUCCUGCACAAGUCUUAAUGGAUAGUUUUGAAGAUGGCACUGUUAUUCAUGCAUGGCUGAAAGCCAUACUUUUUGUCCUUUUCUUUAAGUUAAUUAGAAAGCAAUACUGUGUUUUAUAUUGCUGGUAGUAUAUGCUUUUAUGGUUUACUACGCAGUUCAGGUCCUUGUAGAGAAUUCUCUACAGUUAAAUUAUUGAAGUACAUGUAUGUGAAAUUGCAGUCUGACUUUUUGAAGGAGUUAGACGAUUAAUUAUUAACUAAUGAAAACUAGGUGUAGAUUGAUGUGCUAGAGUGUGGUUAAUGCAUAGUGAGUGUUUUUUACUGCUCUGCUAAUAAACAUUGAUACAUAAUGAGUAUGUUACAAAGACUGCUAGGGUGUGUAAUGAAUGCGUGUCAGUUAGAGUGCACAUUGCUGCCUCUCCUGGCACAUACAAAGCAGUAUAUAUGGUACAGUGUUAAUUGUUUACAGUGUGGCAGAAAAGAUGUACUGUAUGUAUAAAUUUACAGUGCUGGAUAUAGGAUCUACAGUAUACACAUGUACUGUGUAGGCAUGUUAUUCAAUGAUAUGUAUUUCUGGAGACUGAUAUAUGCAGAUUGAACAGUACAUUUGAUAUACACAGACUGAACAGUACAUGUGUUAUAUGCAGACUGAACGGUACAUGUGAUAUACGCAGACUGAACAGUACGUGUUAUACGCAGACUGAACAGUACAUGUGAUAUACGCAGACUGAACAGUACGUGUUAUACGCAGACUGAACAGUACAUGUGAUAUACGCAGACUGAACAGUACUUCUUAUACACAGACUGAACAGUACAUGUGAUAUACGCAGACUGAACAGUACAUGUGAUAUACACAGACUGAACAGUACGUGUUAUACGCAGACUGAACAGUACAUGUGAUAUACGCAGACUGAACAGUUCUUCUUAUACACAGACUGAAGAGUACAUGUGAUAUACGCAGACUGAACAGUACAUGUGAUAUACACAGACUGAACAGUACUUCUUAUACACAGACUGAACAGUACAUGUGAUAUACGCAGACUGAACAGUACAUGUGAUAUACGCAGACUGAACAGUACAUGUGAUAUACACAGACUGAACAGUACAUGUGAUAUACACAGACUGAACAGUACAUGUGUGUGUGUAGUCAUCAUGUAGUAUACAACAUGUACAUGUAUAAAAAACAGUUUAACACUGUAUGUUGUGCCUAGAUUACUGAAGAGCUGCUGUAUGGUGAAGUGCACACACUGUACAGUGUUUCUCCUAUACUGUAUAGUAACAUGGAAAUGUUACAAAGGAGAUCGUGUAUUAAUGUACGUGUAUUUACAGAGUGUGACUAUUAAACCGUAUAUGGCCUAGCUGAACUGUAUAUGACCUGAUAGUAAGGUGAGGACUUCACCUAGCAUCUGUAUAUGUCUGAUAGUUGUACAGAUGUAUCACACAAUACUGAACUGUACAUGACCUGACAGUAAGGUGAGGACUUAACCUAGGAUCUGUAUAUGUGAUAGUUGUACAGGUGUAUCACACAAAACUGAACUGUAUAUGACCUGACAGUAAGGUGAGGACUUUACCUAG